AUGGCGUCAUUAAACCUUUCUAUAAACGGCCCCUCGAUCAAGAGCAGCUACCAAGGCGUCGUCAACGGCCAGCUCUCGUCCUCAAGCUCCCCUACAUUUGCCCAAUGGGCUCUAUUCUCUGUUCAGGCGCCGCUUUUGAAUGCUUUUCAGGAUAGCGGCUCAAAGGAAAGCGUCCUCAAGGUCGAGUCCAAGGGCGAUGGCGAACUUUCCGAGCUUCUUGAGGACUUCAACGAGGGCCGUAUUCAGUUUGCGUUCGUCAAAGUCAAGGACCCAAACUCGGGCCUGCCCAAAAACGUGCUCAUUGCAUGGUGCGGCGGAGGCGUCCCUGAAAGAACCAAAGGCUACUUUACCAGCCACCUCGCCGCCGUUUCCAAAGUUCUGCACGGAUACCACGUCCAAAUCACUGCCCGCUCUGACGCGGACUUGAGUCCUGAGUCCAUUGUCCAAAAGGUCGCCGAUGCUUCUGGCGCCAAGUACACUGCCGGUGGAUCUGCCCCGUCCCCAGCCCCUGCCGGUGGCCCUCCUCCCGUCGCGAAGAAGCCAGUUUUCACGCCCAAGACAUCAAGCGGUGCGGGCUCUUUUAACCCGCUUGUUGAGGCUCGACGGAGAAAAGAUGAGGAUGUGGAUGCGGAUGGUUGGGGGGCGGAUGCACCUCCCGUUAACCGGACCGAGAUUCAAAGAGUUGAAUCAGCCUACAAGCCUACCAAAGUUAACAUGGCGGAGCUGGUAAAGCAGAAGCAGGAACCGUCGAGGUUUAACGGUGGUGGUGCCGCUCAAGAUGACAGGCCUGAGGUGGUCAAGGGUGCCUAUCAACCUGUAGGCAAGGUCGACAUUGCAGCUAUUCGAGCCGCGGCUAAGGAAAAGCAGGACGACCGACCUACCGUCGUGAAAGGUGCGUAUGAGCCCGUCGGUAAGGUCGAUAUUGCAGCGAUCCGCGCCAAGGCUCAGAAACCCGCAGCCGACGACAGCGAAGACAGACCAAAGACACUGUCGGAGCGGAGCAGUGCGUUCUCUGCGCCGCAAUCUGAGAGGCUGUCAUCUUUGCCCAAGCCAAAGGUGGCCAACAAAUUCUCCGGGGCAUCUUCGUUCACUGGCACGAAAGCACCAGUCCCUGGUGCAUUUGGCCUCGCUUCUCCCUCGGUCUCGGUUCCCGCCCCGCCUCCAGUUGGUGCUGCCAGCCGUACCUUUGCCGACCAAGGAGGCAAGACUCCUGCGCAGCUCUGGGCGGAGAAGAAAGGCAAACAAGGGCUUACGCCUACCUCUACGGGAGCUCCGGCGCCAGGCCCUGCGUCCCCUGUGGCCGCCCAGAAGAGCGGUGGUGGUGGGUGGCAGAGCGGUUAUCAGGGCAAGAGCUGGGGCACUGUGCAGACGACCAACUUUGGGCGCGGUGGCGCUGCGGUUGUUGAGCAGAGGACCGGUGGCGAUGUCCAGGAACCAGAACGUGAGCAGGAGAGGCCAGCGUCACCCGCUGGUGUGUCGUCCAUUCGCGAUCGCUUUAAAGAGGCUCCUCCCAUGGGCAGCGCCGCUCCAAACGCGCCCAAGGCUCCCGGAGGGGGUGAUCGCAGUGUCGAUGAGCCCACUCCUCCGCCUCCAAACAUGUCAAACCGCCCAGCCGCCCCUGCUGGGGGUUUUGCACUCCCAGGCCUGCCACAACGCCCACCUGAGCCGGAAGAAGAGGAAGAAGAGCCCGAAAGGUCUCCGUCGCCCCCCCGCGUUGCGAUGCCUGUUCCCCGCGGACCCGAGCCCAAGAUCGAACCGCCAGCCCCAGAGCCGACCAUCCCAGCCCGUGAAAUUGAGCGGGCUCUUCCCAAAGAGGAGGAUCUUGAGGAAACACACGAUACCCAGGCACGAACGGCAGCCACCGCGGUCGCUGAGCAGCAGUUUGGUCAGGCUCAAGUCGCAGCAGGUCAACCAUCCACAGGUGGAGGAAAACGUGCAUUGAUUCAAUACGACUACGAGGCGGCCGAGGAUAAUGAGAUAGAGCUUGUGGAUGGCCAAUACGUCACCGAUAUCGAGAUGGUGGAUGAGGACUGGUGGAUGGGUACAAACUCCCGGGGAGAGCGUGGACUGUUUCCCAGCAACUAUGUCGAGCUUGUCGAAGAUGACGAUGCUGGCGCCGCUGCGCCACCGCCACCGGCGCCUGCUCCAGCACAGGCACAGGCUCCUGCUGCUGCCCCUGCCCCUGCCGCUCCUGCUGCCCCCGCUGCUGCACAAGCACAGGGGGCGAAGGGCCCCACGGCCACAGCUCUGUACGAUUAUGAAGCCGCGGAAGAUAAUGAACUGAGCUUCCCUGAAGGAGCAAAAAUAGAGAACCUCGAGUUCCCUGACGAAGAUUGGUGGUUCGGACAUUUCCAGGGCAAGUCAGGCCUGUUCCCUGCAAACUACGUAGAGCUUGAUCAGUAG